GAAGACGUCUUGCGACUCUUUUCGUUCUUAAUUUUAACCUUUACGCGUAAUAAUCUCACGUGUUUCGGUGUUGUGAUAAACGCACGUGUUUUUGAAACAAUUUAUUGUUUUUUUUUAAUGUUAUUAAAUCAUAGUGUUUAUCCUCUCACUGGUGAUCUAAUAUUUUUUUUGUGUAGUUGUUUUCUUUAAUGAUUACGUUCUUUGUUCGAUUUCUUUGAUUUGAAUUGUUUGGAUGUAAUUUAAUUCGUUCUUGUAAGAGAAGUUAUGAAAAAAUUUUAUUUUUUAUACUGAUUGUUCAUAAUUGCAAUAAUUUGUGAUCAAAUUAUCAUCAAUUUGAAAAAGUCAAAAAAUAAAAGGAUCCCACUGUCGCCAACGUUAUCUAUAGAAUAAAAAGAAUUUUCUCCGAGAAAGGCUGCGCCCAUUUACAUAUUAUUAGCAUAGCGGGCGAGAUAAUCGGCCCCAUUUUAUUACCGCUGGACGACCUUCGCCAUACGGACGACCAUAAUACCUCAAACUGUAUCAGAAUAUAAUCAUUUUUCAUUAGAUUUUAUUAAAAUAAUAAAUUGUAUAAGUGAAACUUUAAACAUUAAAAUGGUUAAAUGUUAAACGAUGGUUGUGCAAAGUGAGGAUUUGUUGAUUACAUCUGAUUUGGAUUUAAAAUUGGGGGGAAAGGAACCACCUCAAGUUCCGGUUAGGGGGAGAUACGUUGCUGGUCAUGUUCAAAGAAGACAACAUUCAACAACAACAACAUGGCACGCGACAACCCCUGUAUCAACAACUGUUAUUCAAAAACAACCACCUCAAUCCACCAACAACAUUCAAAGCCCGGAAAGGUUAAAAGGUACAACUCACGACCUCUUCGAAUUAUUAGAAAAAGCUCAAAGUUCAAGACUCGACGACCAAAGAUGUGUACUUCCGGCGUAUUUCAAACAGCAAACGCCAUCGUCACAAAGACUCAACGAAAAAGAAGACCGUUUAUCAAACAACAAUGUAAAAAUAUCAUCGUCAUCGAUUCCAUCAUCUCAGCCGACGCCGCCGGCUUCGCCCCAACCGGCCACGGCGUCGCGACGACUUCUCCAAGAGAUUUUAACGCGACCUGGGCCGUAUCCGAUGAUCGCAAUACCACCGAAAGGGUAUUGGAUCGAUGGCACCGAUCACGAUUGCGACUACGACAGACGGAAUAUCGUACCAAAUAGUUCAUGGAGGGCGAAAAUUGAAACUGACGAUACAGCGAAGUGUUAUAGAAGGUUCUUCGUGGGCAGGGAACACACAACAUUAAUUGGUUACGAUGAAACAUUAGGAUCGGCAUUAAUCUCCGUGAAAACGGAAAACGUAGCAAAUCAAGACCACACCAGAAUUUUAUUAAGGCUAAAAACUGGCACGAUGCACGAAAUAGUUCCGUCUUCGUGUUUAGGCUCAACCCCGAGCCCAUCAAAAAUGGCAAAACUAUUAAAUGAACAAUUAAACAUUGACAAUUUCGUUCCCGUUUUGUACCCGAAAGCGUCCCAUUUAAUAGCAAACUACGACGAGCACGUUUUAGUAACAAACUUUAAAUUCGGAGUUUUAUACCAAAAAUUUGGGCAAACGACGGAAGAAGAUUUAUUUUGUAAUAAUAUAACCACGCCGGCUUUCGACGAUUUUUUGAAUUUAUUGGGGCGACGAAUACAGCUGAAAGAUCACCGGGGUUAUCGAGGCGGUUUGGACAUUCAAAAUGGACACACCGGGGAUGAAGCUGUUUAUGAAGUGUUUAAGGAGCGCGAAAUUAUGUUUCAUGUCUCCACCAUGUUACCAUACACAGAAAGCGACCCGCAACAACUACAACGAAAACGUCAUAUUGGAAAUGAUAUUGUUGCUAUUGUUUUUCAAGAGGAAAACACUCCUUUUUCACCGGAUAUGAUUGCUUCGCAUUUUUUACAUGCUUUUAUUGUUGUUCAAGUUGUCGAUGCAAAUACGCCAAAUAAAAGAUAUAAAGUAAGCGUAACAGCUCGAGAUGACGUCCCAUUUUUUGGCCCAACUUUACCAACUCCCGCCAUAUUUCAUCACAAUUCGGAAUUUAAAGAAUUCCUCCUAACGAAAUUAAUAAACGCCGAAAAUGCUUGUUAUAAAGCUGAAAAAUUCGCUAAACUUGAAUUGAGAACGCGGACGUCGCUUCUCCAAUCUCUCACCGAUGAAUUAAAAGAGAAAACGCAAGAAUUCCUCGGAGGAAAUGGGAAUAUUCCAGUUCCGGGGACACCGAAAGGAGAUUCCGGCCCCGGAUCGAGAUUUAUCGAUACAGUUCGAAAAGCCCUUCGUGUUAAAACGAGUCAAAGCGUUGAUAAUAAUUUAUCGACAACCAAUGGACAUGAAAGACUUUCGAAAAAAUCGAGUCAAUUAACCAUUUCUGAAUCAACACCAUCUAGUGGAAGAUCACUAUCAAAAAGUUCUAUAGUUUCAAAUGGAAAGAAAAGCAGUACAUCAUCGACAGCUUCUUCGCCCGACCUAACAGCUCACGCACAUAGUCGCCCUGCAAUGUCUGAGGCUUCCGAUGAUUCCUCUUUAACUAGCGAAGAUUUAGAGCAUUUAGCUGGUGGUUACGUUGAUAGUGAUACUGGUUUAGAAAGUAUGUCUAGUGCUGAAACGGCUGCAAAAGCUUGUAGCGUAUGUCAGGAACGACCGAGUAGUUCUGCGGGCCCCCAUGAAGCACUUAUGCAGGAAGUAACCAUGUUAAAAUGCGAUAAAUUGGAGUUAUUACGACAAAAUGUGAGUUGUCAGAGAGAUAUAAAAAGGUUACGUGAAAAAGAAUUGAUGCUUCAAGGAGAUUUAGCGGCCGCAACGAAAGAAAUAAUGAGGUUACGGGAUCUAUUAAAGGAUUAUAGCCCGGGUGGAGACAUGUCUCCAAUAUAAAGCGGGCUAAAUAGUAAGCAAGACGAAUAAAAAAAGUAAUGUUACAUUAUUAUCAAAAAUUAAUAAACAAAACAACAUUUAUUAAUCAUCUCCCUUAAGUGCAAAUGUAGUUGUAUAAGUGAUAACCGGAAUAUCAUUUUCCGAUUAUAUUAUUUUGUCCCUUAAAGAAGUAAUUAUUAUUUUAAUAUUUAAAAUAAUCAAUUACGAUUAAUUCGUAAUAAAAUGUUAAAUAUGAGUCAAUUAACGUUGCACUUAACGUCGCAUUUAACGUUACAUUUAACGUUGCACUAAUGUUUAGCACGAAACGCAAUCAAUCACUUUUUUUUUGAUUUUUUAUGUCUUUUUUCUGCUUUAUUUUGUGAUAUUGUUAUUAAUAGUUAAUUUUUUUUUAUUUUGAAACAAAAUAGUAUUUUUCACUUUAUGUAUACAAAUAUAUUAACUAUUUUUUUUUUGUUUCUUAAACAAAGUAUUUUUUUAGUUUUAACUUAUAUUUAAAAAAAAAUAAUGAAAUAAAACGAAAAUGUAUGAUAAUUAAGUUUAGAUUAAGUUUAACAAAACUUUACCAAUUAUUUGAUACCAAAGGACAUUCCCCAAAAAGAGUAAAAAGAGAAACCUUAACUGACAAAAAGGCAAGUAAAUUAUUUAAACAAAAAAAUAACCUGUAUAUAAAACUAUUAUUAUUAUUAUUAAUAAUAGCGUUUAUUAUAAAUUAAUUAUUAAUCGAUUAAUUAAUUAAUAGAUUAAUUAACAUAGUAUUUAAUCGAAAAAAAACGAAUAUGUUGUUAAUUAAGUUUGUAGAGUUUGCAUUUCAUUUCAUUGAUUCGUAAUCGUUUUUGCAAAAACUAAAUUUUAAUCUCCGCGAAGCACUCUUCGCUAAAGAACUAACUUGAUGGCCUUCUAGAAGAAAGUAAAUUAAAGAAACCUUGUCUAGAUUAGUAGUAAACCUAAUAGUUGUGUAUAGUAUUUUCUAAAGUGAUAUUCCCUGUAUAAAAAAAGCGAAAACGUCUGUAUUUUAUUUAUUGCGAUAUCGUAUUAAUACCUGUAUAGUAUGUAUGUGUAACCAUCUCACCAGAAAGAAAGGAAAAAACCACCACAUCCCCACCGAUUAAUUUAAUUAUUAAUUUUGUUUCUUGAAAGUUUCAUUACUUCUCGCGUACCUAAGAUGAUUGUGUUGCAUUUUUUUUAAGUCACAUAACAAAUUUGUGUACCUUUAAAUAUUGUUUUUUUUUUUCGUCAGAAAUAAAUUAAUAUUUCACUUUAA